UGACUUGUUAGUGGAAAUUCACAUUAGUUAAGCAACUUUCUAGUUGAGCAUCGCACUGGCUGGGGCUCUGUUCAGCCCCACACGGAACUCUCCCCCACCAAUUGCAGCCGAGUCCAGGAGAGGUAGGUACCGAGGGCUUAGCGGAGGGCACAAUUUUUGCUCAAAACCAAAUUUACAUCAAAGAAUCUCGCCAAAUACUUCAAACACCAACGACACCGACUCCAUCUCAACUAACCACCCACAGCACAGCAGCCAAGAUGGUUCGAUACGCUGCCACCGAGAUCGAGUCCGCGAAGUCGGCUCGCGCCCGCGGUUCCUACCUCCGAGUUUCCUUCAAGAACACCCGCGAGACCGCUCAAGCUAUCAAUGGCUGGAAGUUGACCCGCGCCGUCAAGUUCCUAGAGAACGUCCAGGAGAAGAGCGAGGCCGUCCCCAUGCGACGAUACGCUGGUAGCACCGGCCGAACUGCUCAAGGAAAGCAAUUCGGUGUCUCCCGUGCCCGCUGGCCUGUUAAGUCUGCCGAGUUCUUGCUCGGUCUCCUCAAGAACGCUGAGUCCAACGCCGAUGCCAAGGGCCUCGACACCAGCAACCUUAUCGUCAAGCACAUUCAGGUCAACCAAGCCCCUAAGCAGCGACGACGCACAUACCGUGCUCACGGUCGUAUCAACCCUUAUAUGUCCAACCCCUGCCACAUCGAGCUCAUCUUGACCGAGGGUGAGGAGGUCGUUCAGAAGUCAGACGCAGUCAGCUCCCGUGAAGUUGCUCACUUGAGCUCAAGACAACGAGGUGCUCGCAUCAGGAAGGCCAUCACCUCGUCUUAAAACAGAUAAUGACGAGGGGUGUGACGAUAUGAUGGCUGGUUGGUUGGGGAUUUAGUUGCUUUAACUCCAGGUGUCAAGGCGGUUCGUAAGCAUAGGGUCUAGGUUUUCUGGCAUGCAACUUUCGCGAAACGAAAUAACAUAUUCGUGGUUACUCCAAAAUA